UUUCUCCCCCUUCGAAAACGGUUCGAAAUUCUCUCUUAGAUAAUGUUCAGUGGCCGCGGAGCAAUCGCGCAAUCGAAUCGCUAGAGAAUCGCCCACGAGUAACCAUCAAUUUGGAUUCGAGGCGGAGAAAUUAAAACCGGAUUAAAAGGAACCAACUCGUUCGAAUCGCCACCAUUUUAUCGCAAGGGGGCCAUUAAGGGCGGUGAAAUUAGUGCUUUAAACGUAGAAAAAACGCAGUGAAAUAUGUGCCGCUCGUAUUGAGUCGAUCGACGAGAGUGUUUUUGAUCCGAAACCAGUCGAAUUUGAUCCGCGUUUACCUUUAAAAUAAGCACGAAAACUCGGAGAAAUGAAUCGCGGCCAAGCCGGUUCCCGGAUUCACGUACCCGACGAAUUGCGCGAAGUCCUUUUGGAAUUCACGAUUACCUAUUUGCUAGAACAACCGGGGGAUGUCGUCAAUUACGCCUCUGAGUAUUUUACGAGAUUGCGGGAACUCAGAACUACUAAUCAACUAUUCAAUCAAGUAGGAGAUGGAUCGCAGGAGGCCCUGUCUCCCGACGAGGAGUCUCUUAUGUCUCGGGAAGAUGAACCGCCGGUUAUCCGAUUCACCGGCCGAAGGAAAUCCGUCUUUACGGAAACGUACAAUCCGGAAGAGGACGAUGACGAGGAAGUGAACAAAAUCGUCUAUCCGAAGUCCGACGAGCAAAGACAUCGAUUGGCAUCGGCGGUGGCGAACAUUUUAUUAUUUAGAUCGUUGGAUAGCGAACAAAUGAACGAAGUUUUGGACGCCAUGUUCGAAAGGAUCGUCAAAGAGGACGAUUUGGUCAUCAAGCAAGGCGACGACGGGGAUAAUUUUUACGUUAUUCAAAGCGGCGUUUUCCACGUAUUCGUCGCGACGGAUCCGCACAAAGAGCCCAAACACAUCCACACGUACGACAACAGCGGCAGCUUCGGCGAAUUGGCGUUGCUCUACAACAUGCCGCGCGCCGCCACCGUCAGGGCCGUCACCGACGGCAGCCUUUGGGCCAUGGACCGCAACACCUUCAAGCGCAUCGUGCUCAAAUCGGCCUUCAAGAAGCGCAAAAUGUACGAGUCGCUCAUCGAGAGCGUGCCCAUGUUGAAGACGCUCCAACCGUACGAGCGGAUGAAUCUCGCCGAUGCUCUCGUUUCCAGGGUUUUUCGCGACGGCGACAGGAUUAUAAAGCAAGGGGACGCGGCCGACGGGAUGUAUUUCGUCGAAAAGGGCGAAGUGGCGAUUAGCGUGUUGGACGAUAGCGGUAAAGAGGUGGAAAUAAAUCGCAUAACGAAAGGGGGCUAUUUCGGCGAAUUGGCAUUGGUCACGCACCGGCCGAGGGCCGCUUCGGCAUUUUGCGAUGGCGAAGUUCGAUGCGCAUUUUUAGACGUGGAAGCGUUCGAGAGACUAUUGGGUCCCUGCAUGGAGAUAAUGAAGAGAAACAUAACGGAUUACGAGGAACAAAUGCUCAAGAUAUUCGGUUCGAAGCACAAUAUUAGAGAUAUACGAUGAACGGGAUAUUUCGGGAUCUUCUUCGUCUUCAUCGUUUCCAUCUUCUGUUGCUCCUCCACCUCCUCCUCCUCAUCUUCGUCGGAACAAGUUAACAUAAGCGAAAUCGGAAAUUACACGGUAGUAUUUACACGUAUUCUUUCGACAAUUGAAAUGGUAAAUUUGAGAAAAAGUAAUUCACACAACUUAUCGAAGAAGCGUCUAGUCAUUGUAAAUAUAUCGAACUGAAAAAGAAAUGUGUAAUAAGUAUUAAGUUGUUUGUGCUUUGUUGUUGUUUAGUUUAAUCGGAAAUAGCCAAUUUUCUUGGGGGGGAAAAUCAGUUUUUCCCGUUAUUGAAUAAAUAUGUAGGUGUUGUAAUUUUAACCGAUUUUAUUUCGGUACGAAAAUGGUGUCGAGCUUUUAGGAUGUGUACUGAUUAAUUUGAAAAGUAUUUAUGAGAAUCUCGCUGAAAAAAUCUAGUCGAUGCUAUUUAAAAUGUCUCGAAUAAUCUUUGCAUUGAUCGUGUUUAAACAGUUCACAUCCUGAUCAUGUAAUUAUAUAUUUACUUAUUUAUUCCACUUAUUUAUUAGCUGUUUGAGUGAUUAUACAGAGCGAGAAUAUAUAAAUGUUAUGUUGAUUAUGUUAAAUUAUUUAAUAAGUAAUUCAUCGUUAAACGAGAUUAUUAUUAAUUUUAUGUUUUAAUGAAAAAAAAAGCAUAAAAUGCGAUUUGCUGAAUUCUAAAUUGAAGUUAUAUUCGUGUAAAUAAAAUUCACUGGAUCGUUUGAAGGAGUAAUAUUUGUGCCAUUAAAUUUCCUAAAUAAUAUGAAUAUAAAUAAAUAAAGUUCCUCUAUUUCCUAUGUUUUUGCUCAACUAUGUAACUUAUUUGCCCAAUUAAGUAUUUUAUUUUCUGACUUAAAUACCUCGAGUGUUCACUUUUAUCUUACCUAUGAUUGUAUGAAAGUUUAGCGGUAGAAAAAUUUUUAUGUAGUUACUAAAGCUUGAAAAGCUCUGUAUAUUCACUUUGUUAUGUUUUAUUCUAUUGAGUUUAUUUAGAGAAUCUCUUUGAGAGGGAAUUUUUGUUAUUAGGAAAUUCAUACUGGACUAGGUUUGCGUACAAAAAAUUAAUAUUAAUUGUUGAAAUAAAUGAGUUUGUUUUUCUGUCGAGUGCUUCAAAGUUCGAUUAGAAUUUUAAAUAUUUCUAAAAGCGUUUAAGGCUGAAUUUAACAAAAAUAUUAAUGUUAAAAUAUUCAAAUCCUACGAGAUACUAGAAAUAAAAAAAAUCAAAAUUAUUUAUUUAUUUUCUAACUGGAAUGUAAUUUAUGUAUAAACGUACGUUAGAAAAUUGUAGGUAUGAUUUUUAUCGUUAUUCAGGGUAAUUGGAUAUUUUUCAGGAUUGUUUAAAUCAUCAUUUAUAAUGGAGAAAAAAUGGAUUGGUGUACAUAUCAUUUGCAUUCGAAUGAAUGUAAUUUAAUCAUGAAAAAAAUCAAAUUCUUCGCAGUUAUGAUUUGAAAAUUAUCGGGAUUUUUUUGGUAAAUUUACCAACGUUUUAACCUUUCGUUUGCCCUAGCACAAUCAAAAACCUAUUUAAAUGUUUAGUCGUAGAUAAGUGUAAUAGAUUAGCGAAAACCCAAACCGGUAGAAUAAAAGAAGAAAAAUAUGGAAUUUCAAAAAAAAAUUGGAAUCAUACGUGUUGAAUGUUGAUUGUUACAAAAAAAUAUACAUAUAAAUAAAGCUCGGAAUAUUUGCAAAAAAAUUUGGACCAAAUAAGUGCAAUUUAUUUUCAUGCAACAUUACAAAAGCGUUAAGAACGUAUUUAGAUUUAUAUUUCAUCAUUUUUAUGAAAUUUGCAUCAAUUUUUUAACGAAAAAUUUGAAGAUUCUCAUUUAGUUAGUCUCAGACUUAUAUGCAAAAAAUGCAGUUAUAUUUAAUACAACUAUUAUUUAUUAUAGUUGAUAAUCCGAGCUUUACAUGUAUUAAAUAUGGUAUGUGUUUUCUCCUUUGAACUACUGUAAAUUUUGUACAAUCUUUUGAAUUGUUUUUGAUUACCUCAAAACGAUUGUACAGAAGGAUAUUGAUGAUAUGAUGAGGAAAGCACAAAUAUUGUAAUAUAUCGAAUUUUAAAAUAAACAAAAAAAAUCAUUUCCGAACAACCUAAAUCAUAUCUCGAAUAUCUAGAAUUUGUGACUUUGAUAUAAAAAUUAUGGUAAUUCUUAAAGUCGAUGUUUUUAAAGAUAAAAUUAAAUUCUUUCGUUUCUUUUGGAAAACUCUUUUAAUUGGAAAAAAAUUAUAAAUGGCGAUACCCUUUUAAAAUGUAUUAUUGUAAAGGUUAUUAUGAAAUGUACGCUUUGCCACACAUAUUCUAAAUACAAAAAAAAAACACCCGAGUUUAAAUACGUUUAAAAAUAAUAAAGAUAUUGUUUUAGGGCCGUCGAUAAAUGGUUGAGAUGCAAAAAAUGUAAAUUUUUCGACAUUUGGGUCCAAAAAUAUUCAAAUCUAUCAUCAUAAAUGUGCUGAAAAUAUCGUUUAAAGUUUGAUGAUGCAUUUACAAUUUUUAUCGAGAUACUUUGGAAGGAAUAAUAUAGGGAAUUGAUUUUGGGCCAUUUUAAGCUAAAAAUGUUAAUCCAAACAAGUUUUUUUCUGUCUCGACUAUUUUAUCGAAAUAUUUGUAAUAGUUAAACAAAUUAAAGAAACAAUUUUACUGCUUCCCGAAUCCGAGCUUAUAAAAAAUAUAAAUGCUUUAAAUAAUUUGGUUCUUUUUUGUCUUUUUCGACGUUGACUUGAUUUUUUUGUUGCAAAAACAAACUACUUUAUAGCCUUUCGAUGUUGUAUGUUUUUUUAUAAAAUAAUAACUUAAAUAAAUUAUUUAAAUGCCAUUUAAUGAUCCAUUAUGUGUUAUUUGUAUACU